AUGGCUACGGCGGCGGCAGAGCGGACGCCAGUGUUCAUGGUGGUGGGAGAUCUCAGGCCCGGGACGUCGACCGGCCACACGCUUCUCCUUAAGGUGCUAAGCUCCAAAGAUCAAGACCGAGACCAAGACCGUGUUGACAUGCUGAAGCCCGGCAACACCGUUAUUCUUUGGGAUGCAAAGCUUGGCAUGCCCAAGGGGAUAAUGAAGCUAGCUGUUGACAAACGGGGGCUUGUUGAAGUCACUGAACCGGCAAGCUUCGAUGUGAAGGAGGACAACAAUUUCUCACUUGUGGAGUACGAGUAUGUACAGGUCUACGUGUAA